UAGUGGUGUGUGGUAUACCGGACGAUUCCGCACUGCCCCCCACCUCCACACCCGCUUCUCUAAAUGGCUGUGGUUGAGAUAUAAAAGACUGUUGUGGAGUAAGGACGAUGGCAUACAGUCUUGUGGUUCCACCUGCAUCACAUUUUCACACUUCCACACUACAGCGGUAGCUGAGGAGCAUGGCCUCCGGUAUUCUGAGCCGCCAUCUUGCUUCCUCUCUGAGACCCAGCCGUGGGUUGUCUGCUUCAGGACACCGCCAUCAACAAACAACCGCUAAAAGAGUUGAGGAAGUUGAGUUUGAUGGUCCUUGUAUGAAGACGGAGGUUCCAGGUCCCAGAUCUAAGAUCCUAGCACAACAACUGGAGAGUAUUCAGAGUGUUGUCCAGGUGAACAUCUCUGUCCCCCUCUACAGAGUGUUGUCCAGGUGAACAUCUCUGUCCCCCUCUACAGAGUGUUGUCCAGGUGAACAUCUCUGUCCCCCUCUACAGAGUGUUGUCCAGGUGAACAUCUCUGUCCCCCUCUACAGAGUGUUGUCCAGGUGAACAUCUCUGUCCCCCUCUACAGAGUGUUGUCCAGGUGAACAUCUCUGUCCCCCUCUACAGAGUGUUGUCCAGGUGAACUUCUUCUGUGACUAUGAGGAGAGUAAAGGCAACUACUUGGUGGACGUGGAUGGGAACCGCAUGCUGGAUGUCUACACCCAGAUCGCAUCCAUACCCAUAGGAUACAAUCACCCGGCACUCACAAAAGUCAUGACGGAUCCAAAAAAUAUGGGAACGUUUGUCAACCGACCAGCUCUUGGGAUGAUGCCACCAGAGCAAUUCUCUGAGAAGCUUGUCAACGGCCUGAUGGCAGUGGCACCCAAGGGCUUCAGUCGGGUCCAGACCAUGGCCUGUGGAUCCUGCUCCAAUGAGAACGCCUACAAAGCCAUCUUCAUCUGGUACAGAAACAAGAUGAGAGGAACUCCGGAACCAACUCCAGAGGAAGUCAGAACUAGUGUCAUCAACCAGGUUCCUGGCUGCCCUGACCUGACUCUUCUGUCCUUCAUGGGCGGAUUUCACGGAAGAACUCUGGGCUGUCUGGCCACCACUCACACCAAGGCCAUACAGAAGCUAGACGUGCCGUCUUUUGACUGGCCCAUCGCCCCCUUCCCCCAGCUGAGGUACCCCCUGGACCAGUUUGAGAGGGAGAACGCACGGGAGGAGGCACGCUGCCUGGAGGAGGCGGAGGACCUGAUAGUGAAGUGGAAUCAGAAGGGUCGGCACGUGGCGGGGGUGGUGAUCGAGCCAAUCCAGGCAGAGGGAGGGGAUAACCACGCCUCCUUCGACUUCUACAGGAAGCUCAGGGGAAUCACCAAGAAGCAUGGCUGUGCCUUCCUAGUGGAUGAGGUGCAGACAGGGGGUGGGUCUACGGGGAAAUUCUGGGCCCACGAGCACUGGGGAUUGGACGACCCCGCUGACAUCGUCUCCUUCAGCAAGAAGAUGCUGACAGGAGGAUACUACCAGAAAGAUAGCUUUCAGCCUGACAAGCCGUUCAGGAUCUUCAACACGUGGCUUGGAGACCACACUAAGAACCUGUUGCUGACUGAGGUCAUAAAGGUCAUCAAGACAGAAAACCUGCUGGACCAGGCCAAGAGGUCAGGCAAGGUCAUGCUGGAGGGACUCUACGACCUACAGGAUAAGUACCCCCACUUGCUCAGUAAAGCGAGGGGCAUCGGAACGUUCUGUGCCAUCGAUGUUAAGGAUGAAGACACACGCAACCUCCUCCUCCUCAAGGCCAGGAAUAAGGGUGUGGUUCUAGGGGGCUGUGGAACCCAGUCUAUCCGGUUCCGACCAGCUCUGGUGUUCACGGAACACCAUGCUCAUCUCUUCCUGGAUAUCUUUAAUGACGCAAUCGCUGAGCUCAAGUAGAGUCUACACAGGAAUCCAAUGUGGCCCUGCUCAAACAGACCCAUACUGUCAAUCUGCAGUGAAGAGGUUGACACUCCUCCAAUCAAUCAAAUGUAUUUACAAAGCCCUUUUAACAUCAGCUGAUGUCACAAAGUGCUUUUACAGAAAUCCAGCCUACAACUCCAAACAGCAAGCAAUGCAGAUGUAGAAGCACGGUGUCUAGGAAAAACUCCCUAGAAAGGCAGGAACCUAGGAGGAAACCUAGAGAGGAACCAGGCUCUGAGGGGUGGCCAGUCCUCUUCUGGCUGUGCUGGGUGGAGAUGAAGGGUAUAUGGCCAGAUGGUUCUUCAAGAUCUUCAUAGACGACCAUCAGGGUAUACACUCCUGUAUAUUAUUGUACAUUAUUUCACUCCAACUCUUUUAUGAAAAUUAUUUCCAUAAAUGACUGUGGGAUGAUUGAUUGCAAUGGACUUUCUGAAGGUCAAAUAACUGUAGACAUUUUCUGCAGAGUGUUUUGUGUACUGUACCUUAAAAUAAACCUGUCAAAUAUG